AUGGAGGUAUGGGAUUCGUUCAGUAUCCCAAGCGCCCUCAGCGUGGCCUACGCCCUGCUGGCCAGCACCUGCACCCUCCUCCUCCUGCGCUGGCUGGAGGCCGACCGCUGGGCCCGGGUGUGGUGGGCCACCCGCGCCAUCCCCUCCGCCCCCGGCAACCUCCCCCUGUUCGGCCACGCCCUGACCCUGGCCCGGGGCUGCUCCUGGGGCCAGAUGUACGACUGGGUCAGCGCCGCCAUGCCCGUGGUGCGCUUCCGGGUGGGCACGCGCACGGGCGUCAUCGUGGCCGACCCCGCCGCCUUCAAGCGCAUCGUGCAGACGCGGCAGCGCAUCUACGCCAAGGACACCGACUUCUCCUACCGCGAGUUCCUGCCCAUCCUGGGCACGGGCCUGGUCACCUCCAACGGCGACCACUGGCAGCGCCAGCGGCUGCUCAUGGCCCCAGCCUUCCGGAUUGACAUGCUGGACACCAUCCUGCCCAUCGCCGCCCGGGCCGUGGAGCGCCUGGCCACCAAGCUGCGCAAGCACAAGGGCACCGGGCAGCCAGUGGACAUGGAGGAGGAGUUCAGGCUGCUGACGCUGCAGGUGAUCGGGGAGGCCAUCCUGAGCCUCCCUCCCGAGGAGUGCGACCGCGUGUUCCCCCCCCUCUACCUGUCGGUGAUGGAGGAGAGCAACAAGCGCGUGCUGCAGCCAUGGCGCCUGCUCUGGCCGCCGCUGGUGCGGCGCUACGACGCCAACAUCCGCGCGCUGAAUGCAUACCUCGGGGGCGGCAUGACCCUGACCCUGGCCGCGCUGAAGGAGAGCCUGCGCAAGUACAGCGUGGUGCCGGUGCUGACGCGCAACCUGGUGGCCCCGGACACGCUGUGCGGCCACGACCUCCCCGCCGGCAGCUGGAUCGUGCUGCACGUCCAGCGCGUGCACCACCUCUACAAGGACCCCCUGGCCUGGAAGCCGGCGCGGUUCAUGCCGGGUGGGGAGUACGAGCAGUUUGACGAGGACAUCCGGCCCUACAUGUUCAUGCCCUUCAUCCAAGGGCCCCGCAACUGCCUGGGCCAGUUCUUCGCGCUCCUGGAGGCGCGGGUGAUCCUGGGAGCCCUUUGCCGGGAAUUCAACUUCCGGCCGGUGCACCCGGAACACCAGGGGGUGACGCACCCCACCGUCAUCCCUGUGGGCCCCGUCAACGGCAUGCGAAUGUAUGUUGACUAG